AUGGCGGAUUCAAAGGUGAGCAUGAAGCUGUUGAUCGACACAAAAGGCAAGCGAGUCCUGUUCGCGGAGGCCGGCAAGGACUGCGUCGACUUCCUCUUCCACAUACUCACGCUGCCGGUCGCCACCAUCAUAAGCCUCCUCAAAGCUCAAGGAAUGGUGGGAUCUUUGCCUAACCUCUUCCGCAGCUUAGAGACUCUGAACGACACCUUCAUACAACCAGACCAGAAUAAGGACACCUUUCUGAAACCCAUGUUGCCGGCCUCCACUUCCUCCUCGAUUCCGCUUCUGACGUUCACUGCUGCUCAGAAUCACAAGAAAUUUUACAGGUGCGGUAACACCAACAGCUGUCGCAGUUAUGUUUCUGAUGGCCCACGCGCCACUUGUCCAUCGUGCCAGGGGUUUAUAAGCACGACUAUGACCUAUGUGGCUCCUUCCGGCGUCCAAGUGGUGUCGGAAGGCGGCGGCUUGGUGAAGGGGGUGGUAACCUACAUGGUGAUGGAUGAUUUGGAGAUUAAGCCCAUGUCUACUAUCUCCAGCAUUACUAUGCUCAAUAGGUUUAAUGUGAAGGAGGUUGGUGCGUUAGAGGAAAGGGUUGUCACUUUAGGAAUGAAGGAGGCGGUGAAGUUGCUCAAGACUUCUCUGCAGAGCAACAAGGUUCUGACUGAUGUCUUUUUUAGUUGA